AUGUCUCGCGGCGCGAAAAGGUCAAGCGUGGAGGCCUUUGGUGAUGGCAAUGACACCAAGUCCGGGCGGCCUUCACAGAACCCAAAUGGACACCGUAGGCAGACAUCGACCGCGGCGGCCACACACCUCGCUACCCGCCAAAAACUACCAAUAUGGGCGCACCAAGAUGCCAUCCGGAGCGCUCUACGCACACACAACGUCCUCCUACUAGUCGGCGAGACCGGAUCCGGGAAAUCAACCCAAGUACCACAAUUCCUGAUCAACGAACCAUGGUGUCGGCGCCGCAAAGUCACCAUCCCACACCUCCCAGGCGGCCUCAACAGCACAAGCCCAACCCCACCCGCAGCACCAAGACAAAUCCAAAUCGGCGGCACAAUCGCAAUAACCCAACCCCGACGCGUCGCCGCAACCUCCCUCGCGCGCCGCGUCGCCGAGGAGAUGGGCACUGGACCCCUCGGCAGCAAACACAGCGAAGUCGGCUACUCCGUGCGCUUCGACAACCAGACUGGACCCGCUACGCGAAUCAAGUACCUCACGGAGGGCAUGCUGCUACAAGAGUUGCUCCGGGAUCCCGGUCUACGCGCGUACAGUGUUGUGGUGGUGGACGAGGUCCAUGAGCGUGGGGUGGAUGUGGAUUUGUGUCUGGGAUUCUUGAGAGGUCUAUGUGAUGAAGGGAGUGAGGUAUGCAGGACGGAGAGAGGAGGCGUGGGCUUACGGGUUGUGGUCAUGAGUGCUACGGCUGAGAUGGGCGUGCUGGAGGGAUUCUUUGCGCCGAAGCAGGAGCAGGAGGAGGAUGUGUGGGAAGGAUUCUCGGAUGAGGAGGACUCUGCAGGAUCGAGAUUGGAAUCGACACACACAGAAAGCCAGCCAUCAAACUCCGCCAUUUCUGUCACCACACUGCAGAUUCCAGGACGGCUCUUCCCAGUAGAGAUCAACUACCUGCCAAAGCCAACAACGGAUGUCAUAACCAGCGCUCUGGAACGAAUCACGGACAUCCACGUUCACAGACCACUUCCGGGCGAUAUACUGGUGUUCCUGCCCGGACAAGAAAACAUCGAAACACUCCACUCCCUCCUCAAGACAUAUGCCUCGAACCUCAAUCAGAGUGCGACCGAGCCACCAAAACCCCAGACCAACGGCCACGCAGCGCCCUCCCGAGCACCACGAAAACCCACCACAGCCCACCCCAAACUCCCGCACCUCCUCCCCCUCCCCCUCUACGCCUCCCUCCCAACCCACCAACAAUCCCUCGCCAUCCAAAACGCCCCCGAGCCGUUCACACGCAAGGUUAUACUCGCAACGAACAUCGCCGAGACCUCACUGACCAUACCGGGUAUUCAAUACGUGAUCGACUCGGGCUUCUGCAAGCAGCGCCUCUACCGGCCCACCCUGGGCAUCGAGAGUCUGAUCAUCACAGCCAUCAGCAAGAGCUCGGCGAAGCAACGUGCCGGUAGAGCCGGCCGCGAGAGGAAGGGCGGUGUCGUGUGGAGAAUGUAUACUGAGAAGGACUAUCACUCGUUAGAGGCGUCGACCGCGGAAGAGAUCACGAGGGCUGACCUGAGGUCUGUGAUGUUGGUCUUGAAGAGUCGUGGCGUCACAGACGAUGGGUCGAGUAAUUCUAACGACGAUGAGGUUGAUGUUGACGGGGAGGGCGUCGAGGGGUCGCGAAAGCAGGAUCCGUGGAAAUGGGUCACGCCGCCGAAGCUGAAAGCAUGGCGCGCUGCGAUGAUUGGACUGUUCCAGAUUGGAGCGCUCGACCCUCCUACCGGCAUGAUCACCGACAUUGGACGCGAGUUGAGUCUGCUCCCGCUACCAGUCUCGCUUGGCAAGUGCCUGCUCAGCUCCACAGCCUAUGGAACCACGCCGCAGAUUAUCGACAUUGUUAGCGCGCUGAGUGUUGAGGGGAUAUUUUUCAAUAUCAGCACGGAGCAGUAUGAUACGAAUGGCAACAAGAGGUUCAAGCGAGGUACAAACAACGACGAGGACCAUGACGAAGAAGAUGUGCUCGAUCCGCGACUUCGACUUCGGCAGCAAUUGCAUAGACGGGAGGGCGACCACCUGACGCUGCUGGCGACCGUCCAGGCCUACGUCGCGGAGAACACUGACCGGAAGAGGUGGUGCAACGAUCGAGGAACCAGCCAUCGUGCUAUGCAGGGCAUCAUGGAUGUUCGCAAGCAGCUGACUGGGAUCAUGAAUCGGAAGGUUGCGGAGCAAUCGCAGCAGGAGAAGCGCGAUCGAACAUCGAACGGACAUGCCGGGGCGGCCUCUGACAAUGUUUCUGCCACCGAUGCCCCAUCAGUCAACGGGAGCAACGGCACAACAACAACCGAUGCUGACCUGACCCGCCGCAUCCUCACAACCCUCCUCUGCGGCCUGCACCCCAACGUCGCGCGCCUGUCCACCGCUUCCACCACCUCCUCGUCCUCCACCAACAGAAAAGCGUCCUCCUCGUCCGCAGGCGGUCCUCAAUCAACAUACACAACCCUCAUCACGAACCAACCCAUUUCCAUCCAUCCCAGCAGUGUGCUCUUCGGGCGCAAAGUCGAGGCGAUCAUGAGUAGUGAGAUGGUCUUCACGACGAAAAGCUAUGCGCGGUGUGUCAGUGCGGUGGAGAUGGGAUGGGUCGGGGAGGCUGCUGGAGUAGGGAGAUAG